CCAGAAGGCCCUCGAGGACGCCGACAAGGCCACGGAAAUUAAGCCCGACUGGUCCAAGGGCUGGAGCCGUAAGGGAGCCGCCGCUCGCGGCCUUGGAGAUCUACGUAUGUCUUACACUGGUGGGAAUCGGAGGUGGUUCGGCGGUACCUUUGACUAACGGCGUUCGCAGUGUCCGCGCACGAUGCUUACGAGGAAGCCCUGAAGUACGAGCCCGGUAACGAGCAGGCCAAGUCCGGUCUGAACGCCGUCAAGAGAGCCAUUGAUGCCGAAGCCAAGGGUGACGGCGUCACCGGCGACCCCACGGGCGGACUCGGCGGAAUCUUCAACGACCCUCAGCUUUUCCAGAAACUCGCCAGCAACCCCAAGACCUCGUCUCUUCUGGCCGAUGGCGAGUUCAUGCAGAAACUGCAGCGCAUCCAGCAGAACCCGAACAGCGUCGGAGCCGAGCUCCAGGAUCCCCGCUUCCUGCAGGUGAUGAGUGUGUUGCUCGGCAUCGAUAUGAGCUUUGGCGCUCCUCCUGAGGCUGCUGGUGCCGCCGGUGGUCCCUCCGGAGCCACGGAGGCCGAGGACGAGGAAAUGCCCGAUAUCCGCCCGUCGCAACCCAAGAAGGCCCCUGAGCCUGCCCCCGAGCCCGAGCCCGAGCCCGAAGAUGAGGAAGCGAUCGCCAAGAAGAAGGCGCAGGAGGCCGGAGAUGCCGAGAAGAAGAUCGGUAACGACUUCUACAAGAAGAAGCAGUUCGACGAGGCCAUUGAGCACUACAACAAGGCCUGGGAGCUGCACAAGGACGUCACCUACCUGAACAACCUUGGAGCCGCGAAGUUCGAGAAGGGUGACCUGCAGGGCACCAUUGAGACCUGCCAGAAGGCCGUGGAGGAGGGCCGCGAACUGCGCGCCGACUUCAAGGUCCUUGCCAAGUCGUUCGCCCGAAUUGGUACCGCGUAUGACAAGAUGGGCGAUCUGACGCAGGCCAUUGAGUACUACAACAAGUCUCUCACCGAGCACCGCACCCCCGACGCCCUCUCCAAGCUCCGCGUCGCCGAGAAGGCCAAGGCUACGGCGGAGAAGGAGUCCUACAUCGACUCUGGCGAGGCCGAGAAGGCUCGUGAGCUCGGUCAGAAGAAGUUCCAGGAGGGUGACUGGCCCGGCGCCGUCGACGCGUUCACCGAGAUGACCAAGCGGGCUCCCCAGGACCCCCGAGGCUUCUCCAACCGCGCCGCUGCUCUCGUCAAGCUCAUGGCGUUCCCCCAGGCCGUUCAAGACUGCGACGAGGCGAUCAGCCGUGACAGCAAGUUCAUCCGUGCGUACAUGCGCAAGGCGUCGGCUCUGAUGGCCAUGAAGGAGUACAACAAGGCUCUGGACGUCUGCACCGAAGCCUCGGAGCACGACGACGGAUCGUUUGCCCGUGAAAUCGAGCAGCAGCAGCAGAAGUGCCUGGAUUCUCAAUUCAGCGCUCGUGCGGGCGAGACGGAGCAGCAGACCAUGGAGCGCAUCCAGAAUGACCCUGAUAUCAUGGCUAUUCUGCAAGACCCUGUUAUGCAGAGCAUCCUGCAACAGGCCAAGAGCGACCCGGCGGCUCUGCAGGAGCACAUGAAGAACCCUCAGGUGCGGAUGAAGAUCCAGAAGCUGAUGGCGGCGGGAGUCAUUCGUCUGGGACGGUAAAUUCGGAGGACAUCGAGGGACACGAUGGAAAUGAAUGAAUUGAGAUGACAGCAACAAUCUGGUUUCAAAAAGUAGUUCGCGAAAUGAUGCAUGCUCGUGUUUCAUUAGUUUAAUGUUAUAGCAUUCAAUACCGGUUAUAUAUUUGUCAAUCUAUCCACCGCAAUCGAGUUUAUCUCGACUACACUGC